CAGAAAAAAAAAAUAUCGAAGUCCCGAUUGUCUGUAUGAACAAAUCAAGAUUCAAGACCAUCGCUCUCGUCAUUCUCACACUUGAAACACGAAGAAGUCCUGUGUGAUUCUCAUACUAGCUUCUCGAAGGUUCUUCCGCCAUGGGAGCUACCAGAAAGCUUCAAGGAGAGAUCGAUCGCGUCCUCAAGAAGGUUCAGGAAGGCGUCGAGGUCUUCGAUAGCAUCUGGAACAAGGUUUACGACACAGAUAAUGCUAACCAAAAGGAGAAGUUUGAGGCGGAUUUGAAGAAGGAGAUCAAGAAAUUGCAGAGGUAUAGAGAUCAGAUCAAAACAUGGAUUCAGUCAAGCGAGAUCAAGGAUAAAAAGGUCAGUGCUUCCUAUGAGCAGGCCCUGGUGGAUGCCCGCAAACUUAUUGAGCGCGAAAUGGAAAGGUUUAAAAUAUGCGAGAAAGAAACUAAGACAAAGGCAUUCUCUAAAGAGGGUUUGGGUCAGCAACCAAAAACGGAUCCAAAGGAGAAGGCAAAGUCCGAGACAAGAGAAUGGUUAAACUCUGUGGUUGGGGAGUUGGAGCAACAGAUUGAUAGUUUUGAAGCAGAACUUGAAGGACUGACUGUUAAGAAAGGGAAGACAAGACCUCCUAGAUUGACACAUUUGGAGACAUCCAUAACUAGACACAAGGCUCAUAUAAUGAAGCUAGAGUUGAUCUUGAGGCUUCUCGAUAACGACGAGUUGAGUCCCGAACAAGUUAAUGAUAUCAAAGAUUUUUUGGACGACUAUGUGGAGCGCAAUCAGGAUGAUUUUGAUGAAUUUAGCGAUGUUGAUGAGCUAUACAGCUCAUUGCCGUUAGACAAGGUGGAAUCUCUUGAAGAUUUGGUGACCACUGGCCCUCUUGUCAAGGGUACACCAAUUAGCUCGAAGAAUUCUUUGGCAGCAUCAGCUUCUAUUACACCUAGCACUGUUACCUCUACCCGACUGCAGAGUACGUUCCUGGAGCAGACUGAAGAUAAAGCUUCGACUGUUAAUUCUGACUCAAUUCCAAAAACUCCUCUGUCCAAAAUUAGUACAGCAGCAGCUUCACAAGCUAAUGAGGCUCAGGCCACUCCUAUAUCUGUUAAUGUUCCUUCUCAAAGUCUGACUGUGACAACAAAAUUUACGGAGAACUCUGUAAAUUCCCUUUCUCCUGUAAGCCCAUCAAUAGCUAAGGGAGAAGAUGUGGCCAGCUUGCCUGGUAGGAGAUUAUCCCCAUCCCUUGUGAGAAACAGUAUCUCCAUCCAAUCGCCUUCACCAAUCCCUCUAUCUCCAGGUGGAGGUCCUAGUGGUGGAGCUCAUAGUGGAGUUCCAUUGGCCUCUGAAACCGCUAAAAGAAAUACUUUAGAAAUUGACAGCAGACUUGGUAAUAAUACCUCAGGACAACCACCAAUGUCACCACUAAGUAACAGAAUGAUGUUGCCUCAUGCCGCCAAAAGCAAUGACGUAACCAGCGUGAUUGAUGUUAAUCAGAGCGAGGCUAGUGUUAUAGCCGGAAGAGCCUUUUCACCUUCCACGAUAUCUGGGAUGCAGUGGAGACCUGGGAGUCCCUUCCAAAAUCAGAGCGAAACUGGCCAGUUCCCUGGAAGGCCUGAAAUAGUACCUGAUCAGAAGGAGAUA